AUGAGCGUGCUCGAGAUUGGAGACGAGUGCGUGCUUCUCGACGAUGUCACUUGCGCCAUCUGCCUCUCCAUCCUGCACGAGCCCGCGUCGUUGCAGUGCGGCCACACGUUCUGCUCGCGCUGCGUCCAGACGGCGCUUCGGCGGACCGCCGCGUGCCCAGUCUGUCGCCAGCCCGCCUCUCAAGUGCUAGCGGUCAACCACUUGCUAUCCCGGCUGCUCACCCAGACCUUUCCGGAGGAAACCAAGGCCGCCGCCGCGCGCAGGGUCGAAAUCGCGCAGGACGCCGCACGCCGGCCGCGGCCCCGCAGCUCAGUGAGGAGUCGGCUGUGUGCGAUGCACGCCGACCUCCCGGCGGCAUCGCUGCGACAGCUUCUCGGCGUCGUGGCCUCCCUCGUGCUUGUGGCGGCGUUGCUCGCCCUCUACGUUGCCGACGGCUCAAUGACCUCUCAAUCGCUCAACCUCUCGUCGCAAGACUCGUGGGGCGGCUGGCCAAUGCGAGUGGGUAGCGGGAUGUUUCCGCCUCACGACGAUGAGGACGAUGCCUUUGAGCCUCACGCUUCACUCGUGCACACCCAUGGCACCAUCGCCAUCGAAGAGGGGACUUCCCUCGCACCGUCGACCACUCUGGUGUACGACGACGAUAUCGAGACACCCUCGCGCGUGACGAUCGACAUGUCCCCUGCACCGGCCCGAACUGGCUCGUUGCUGACUGUCGACAACGUCGAGCAGGCGCUGACGCGAGCGCAGGCAGAGUUGCUGCGCAAAGCUAACGCGGCCGAGGCGUACCGCUUUGCACGAGAGCACGAGAACGAGCCCUGA